AUGCAACCAUUAUUUCAAACAAAAUUUUCUUCUAAUUCGAAUACAUCUUUAUAUACUUCAAAUUCAAAUCGAAUGUCUCCUAGUUUAACCACUCCAUCAACACUUGAAGAUAUAUCAAAUGAAAUUAUUAAUUAUUUUGAAACACAUCGUGAACAAAUUCCAUUACUUGUUAUUGUUUAUUUAUUAACUAUUAUUUGGAUAAUUUAUAUUAUAUUAUAUAAUUCACGUGUACAAGGUAUUAUAUUAUCAUAUAUAUUAAGACGUUUUUACUUUAAAGAUGCAACACAAAUUAAAUUUGAUUCAUUUUCAAUAUCAUUUAUAUCUGGUUCAAUUAUGUUUAGAAAUUUACAUUAUACAACAGGAAGUUAUUUUGUUUUUGUUAGAGAUGGUUGUUUAAUUUUUCGUUAUUGGUCUAGAACAAAUAAAAAAUCAGUGAUACGUUUAAGAAUAAAACUUAAUCAUGUUGAUAUAUUAUUUUCUACUCCAAUUCGUUCAAAUACAUUUUCAGAAACAAAUAAUUCAAAUGAUGAUUUACAUAAAGGAUUAAAUCAUGGAAUUUCGACAAAAUCCGAUGAUACACAAAGUCAAAAUACAGUAAAAAGUAAUGAAGAAGGUUUUCUUAUUCAAAGUCUUCGAAGUCUUUUUCCAGCUAUUGAAAUUAAAGUUGACCAUGGCCGAAUAUCUAUUCGACAUGAUACAUUACCAUAUUGUUUAUCAAUACGUUUUAAUACAAUGAAUAGUAUAUUUACAAGUGUAUCACCAUCAAAACAUGCUCCAAAAUUUGAUCUAAUAACACUUAUUUAUAGUUUAACAUAUAGAAAUCUUCGAGUACAACUUUAUCGGAACAGAGCUUAUCGUGGAGAACAAAAUGACAUGUAA